GGGCGCGCUGGAGGGAGGAGCGAGGCUGGGGCGCCCGGGGGAGGCUCCCAGCUAGCACCGGUGUUCUCGGUGCGGCCGAGCACAGUUCUAACGCGCUCGCGCGGCUCUUUACGUGGUCCUGGGACCUUUCUGGCCACGAGGGCGCUGGCCUUGGUGGGGAGGGGACAAGCCCAGAACCGCCCGGGCGGAGGGUGCCCUCAGCAGGAGGGGGGGCACUGACGAGGAGUCCUGAGACCUCCACCUAGCAAACCUUCCGGGGGGGGCCAUGGGAAAGGCGCAAAGGUCACCAACGCAAAGGCAGAGCGUCGGCUGUGAGCCCGGAGGAGCUGCUGGGAAGCCUGAUGUGAGGAGGGUGGGGUUUUGUGGCGGUGGAAGUGUCGUGCGUCUCUGCCGGGAAAGGUUAAAUACGGCAGAGGCAGAGUCCGAGCUCCAGGGGGAGGUCGUGCAGGUUUUCUGCUCGGAGUGUGGAGGAGGCCACGGUGGGCUGAAGUGGCCCGAGGUGACAGGAAAGUGCUGGAGGAAUCGGUUACUCUAGGGACUGCAAGCCAGAGUUACCCACCUCCUUUUAAGAAAUGGGUUUAUUGCAAAUAGAUAACGUGGUUAGCAAUCCAGGCAAGGCAUGCACUUGGAAUGCUUUCAGUCAGCAAGAGGUUCACCUUGCUGAGGUGCAGGGCAAGGUGUGGCGACAGGCUGGUGAUCCCAGGUGGAGGACAGGAGUGACAGGUGUGGAUGUUUGGAGGUGUUCUGAGCUCAGGAGCAUCAGAUCCAUGCUGCUGCUGACUCGGAGCCCCACAGCUUGGCACAGGCUCUCUCACCUCAAGCCCCCAGUCCUCCCUGGGACCGUGGGAGGCCAGGCCCUGCAUCUGAGGUCCUGGUUUUUGUCAAGGCAGGGCCCUGCAGAGACAGGUACGCAGGGCCAGCCUCAGGGCCCUGGGCUUCGAACCAGGCUGUUGAUCACAGCCCUGUUUGGAGCUGGACUUGGUGGGGCCUGGCUGGCCCUGAGGGCUGAGAAAGAGAGGCUGCAGCAGCAAAAGCGAAUAGAAGCCCUGCGCCAGGCAGCUGUGGGCCAGGGCGACUUCCACCUGCUGGACCACAAAGGCCAGGCUCGCCGCAAGGCUGACUUCCGGGGCCAGUGGGUGCUGAUGUACUUUGGCUUCACUCACUGCCCUGACAUCUGCCCAGACGAGCUGGAAAAGCUGGUGCAGGUGGUGCGGCAGCUGGAAGCAGAGCCUGGUUUGCCUCCAGUGCAGCCCGUCUUCAUUACUGUGGACCCCGAGCGGGACGACGUGGAAGCCAUGGCCCGCUACGUCCAGGACUUCCACCCAAGACUGCUGGGUCUGACCGGCUCCACCGAACAGAUUGCCCAGGCUACGCACAGUUACCGUGUGUACUACAGUGCCGGCCCCAAGGAUGAAGACCAGGACUACAUCGUGGACCACUCCAUUACCAUCUACCUGCUCAACCCUGACGGCCUCUUCACCGAUUACUAUGGCCGGAGCAGGUCAGCGGAGCAGAUCUCAGACAGUGUGCGGCGGCACAUGGCGACUUUCCGCAGUGUCCUGUCUUGAGCCGCUGCAGCCUGGGCCCCAUCAUUAAACAGGAUGCGUUUAA